ACUGUCAGGUUGCGAAGGUAGUGUUGGUGUACUGUAAGAACCAAGUGUUUCCUUUGGGCUCGCUGGCAGCUACGUUUGGUAGUAACAAUCUGCCCAUAUAUUUCGCAGGAAACUACGGUGCCAUCCCCGAUGGAGGGAUCUUCCAAAGAAGGUGACCUCUUUACUGUGAAACACGAGCUGAAAAACGCCAACCUGACGGGCCAUGUAGAGAGAGUGGGCAUUGAAAAUUUUGAACUAUUAAAGGUCCUCGGCACAGGAGCAUAUGGAAAAGUGUUCCUGGUGAGGAAAGUGAGUGGCCAUGAUGCGGGGAAGCUUUAUGCCAUGAAGGUUUUGAAGAAGGCCACCAUUGUACAAAAGGCAAAGACCGCCGAACACACGCGGACCGAGCGGCAAGUCCUGGAGCACAUUCGCCAGUCUCCAUUCCUCGUCACACUUCACUACGCCUUCCAGACGGAUACCAAGCUGCACCUCAUUCUAGAUUAUGUAAACGGUGGGGAGCUCUUCACACAUUUGGUGCAAAGGGUGCGAUUUAAGGAGCCAGAAGUGGCUUUGUACAGUGGAGAGAUUGUGUCGGCGCUAGAACAUCUACACAAGCUUGGGAUUGUUUACCGGGAUCUGAAACUUGAGAAUAUUUUGCUGGAUUCAAGUGGUCAUAUAGUUCUCACAGACUUUGGCCUCAGUAAGGAAUUUGAUCAGGUGGAACGUGCAUUUUCUGUCUGCGGCACCAUUGAAUAUAUGGCUCCAGAAAUCGUGGAAGGAGGAGAGUCUGGACAUGACAAGGCGGUGGACUGGUGGAGCCUUGGCGUGUUGAUGUAUGAGCUUUUGACUGGCGGAUCCCCCUUCACUGUUGAUGGAAAUGAGAACUCACACACAGACAUUGCUAAGAGGAUUUUAAAAAAGGAUCCUCCCUUCCCCAAAGACAUGGGACCUCUGGCCAAAGACCUCAUCCAGCGUCUCCUUGUCAAAGAUCCAAAGAAGAGAUUGGGCUCAGGUCCUAAUGGCGGGGAGAAUGUAAAAAAACAUCCGUUUUACCAGAAAAUAAACUGGGAGGACUUGGCAGCUAAGAAGGUGCCGGCCCCGUUUAAGCCAGUGAUUCGAGAUGAGCUGGAUGUUAGCAACUUUGCAGAGGAGUUCACAGAGAUGGACCCCACCUACUCCCCCGCAGCUCUGCCUCAGAACUGUGACCGCAUCUUUCAGGGCUACUCUUUCAUGGCCCCCUCCAUCCUGUUCAAGAGGAAUGUGGUGAUGGAUGACCCUGUCCAGCUGUUUGGAGUCUCCGAGAGGCCGGGCUCUGCUGCGGUGGCCCGCAGCGCCAUGAUGAAGGACUCUCCUUUCUAUGUGAGUUAUGAGAUGGACCUGAAGGACAGUGCUUUAGGAGAGGGGAGCUUCUCUAUCUGCAGACGGUGCACACACAAGAAGACUGGACAAAAAUACGCUGUCAAGAUUGUCAGCAAGAGGAUGGAGGCACAGACUCAACGGGAAAUGGCGGCCCUGAAGCUCUGUGAUGACCACCCGAACAUUGUCAAGUUACAUGAAAUUUACCACGACCAGCUCCACACGUUCCUGGUUCUGGAGCUGCUCGGUGGAGGGGAGCUGCUGGAGAGGAUCCGCAGGAAGCAACAUUUCAGUGAAACAGAGGCUAGCCGCAUCAUGCGGAAACUGGUGUCAGCUGUCAGUCACAUGCACGAUGUGGGAGUGGUGCACAGGGACCUUAAACCGGAGAACCUGCUCUUCACGGACGACAGUGAGAACUCGGAGAUAAAAAUCAUAGACUUUGGCUUCGCUCGCCUCAAACCACCAGACAAUCAGCUCCUGAAGACUCCCUGCUUCACCCUGCAAUACGCAGCACCAGAGAUACUCAAGUAUGACGGCUAUGAUGAGUCCUGUGACCUGUGGAGUCUGGGGGUCAUUCUGUACACCAUGUUGUCCGGGCAGGUGCCGUUUCAGUGUCGGGAGAAGAGCCUGACCCACACCAGUGCUGAGGAUAUAAUGAAAAAAAUCAAACAGGGAGACUUCUCUUUUGAAGGCGAGGCCUGGAGGAAUGUGUCCCAGCAGGCCAAGGACCUGAUACAAGAGUUGUUGACCGUGGACCCAAACAAGAGGAUUAAGAUGUGUGGCCUACGUUACAAUGCCUGGAUCCAGGACGACAGCCAGCUGUCCUCCAACCCGCUCAUGACCCCGGACAUUCUGGGCUCCUCCACUGCCUCCGUCCACACUUACGUCAAAGUUACCUUUAAUGCAUUUAACAAAUGUAAGCGAGAAGGUUUCCGCCUACAAACGGUGGACAAAGCGCCACUAGCCAAGAGGAGGAAGAUGAAAAAGACAAGUACCAGCACAGAGACCCGCAGCAGUUCCAGUGAGAGCACCCGGUCCUCGUCCUCCUCCUCCCAGUCACAGGAGAAGACGUUCCCAGAGGGCAACACCAAGCCGCAGCCUUCCAACAUCACGCCUGUCAACACGCCCGUUGCCCUGGUAACCGACUCUGAGCCCCGACCUGAGCAUCCAGCCUUUCACUUCUCAGAAGGAGAGUAAAAGAAAAGGGGAAGUUCGGACAGUUUUAUGACCCACGGGACAGCUUGGACCAGCGUAGAGACGUCUCUCUUCUCUUCCCCGUCGUCCUGGCAGCGCUCUGCAUCCGGCUCCAUUUGCAUGGACAUCCGCACGUGUCCAAAAAACCCAGCAUGCAGUACGAGCAGCAACGACUGUCACCUCAAUAUCCUUCACUAGCAAUAGCCUAUACCCUUUUUUCUGAUUUUUCCUCUCUCACACAGACUGUUUCAAUCAGGGACCGGACCAGGAAGAAGUCGUCACCAGUGUCCAAACUGGGAAAAGGGCUGCCCCACUGCCCCGGGCCCACACUGACAAUGGAGAGACGCGGCUCGCUCUCUGUCAGCCCAACUCACCUUGUUACCUUGUCUUUGUCCAUGCCUCCUGAGGUUCUAAAGGGAAAGUCAAAGUGUUUACAUCAUGGAUUCUUUGUAUUUUUGGGAGAAAAGAAAUACGUCGGCGUGACGUUGGUCUACUUCUCUGCAAAAUAGAGCAGGUUGUUUAUAUGUGAAUUUUACAGACGAUUUACAAGAUUUAUUUAUGAUGAGCUAUAUUGUUAAUUUAUUGAUGGUCAAUAUUGAUCUGAAAAGAAAUAAUGGAUAGUGUAAAAAAAACUACAGUGUAUGUAUCAGCUUAACAAAGACUGUUUCCAUUUAGUCAGAUGGUUGUUCUUUCAUCUUCAAUCAUCAGACAUAAUGCUUUAAGUAGGCUACACAGUUCUGCAGACGCAGUGAGCAACAAGAGAUUAUCACCAUCCGCUGCUGCUUAAUGGUUGUCAAAUGUAUGUUACCAAAGUCCUUUGGACUUUUUUUAUGGAGGCUUUUACAAUUUUAGGAUUGAACUGCAGCUAUUUCCAGUGGUCAAAAAAGUAACAUCCUUGUUCAUAAGGAUUAAAAGAUAAGGUAACCCUUUUAGAGGAACAACCAAAUGUUGAUGUAAUGUGUUCAGCCAAAUGUGUGAUUUUAUAUUACUGUAUGGGGAGUACUGCUGCCUGAGGGGAUGUGACCCCACAAGAAGAGCUAUAUUUAGAUUUAUUUUUUCCCUCUGAUGUGCGAGUAUGACGAUGUCAAGACUCAGCAUUGCUGCUGUUUCCACAUGGUUUGACCCUCAAGCCACUAUUUACAAGCAGUUUGGAUCCAAUCAGCUUGGCGCGAGGUGUUGCGUCAAGAAAUUUAAGGGUUGCGUUUUCCGAGCUCCAAGAAGCUAAAGCGUAACUUCAAGAGGUUUCCUUUUCAGAUGAACCAAGAUGAAGAUGAUGAAACAAUUGUUUGAAAUUUGAUUUGCCAAGAAAUGCAAUUAAAUCAGGUAAUGGACAGGUUUGAGUACCUGAGUUAAGGGCCGUGAUACAUUAGGACAUUAAAUGCAAUAUAGUGCGGAAAGAAGAAAAAAAAAUUGCCAAUUGUGUCAGUGCCCAAAGUUUUAAACCUACUGCAAAACAUGUACCCUUUAUAAAAAGGUCCCUGAGGGUCGACCUUACUUUGGGCACCAUCCCUUGCUCUAUUUACCAUGUUGUACAGCAUGACGGAAAUGGUGAUCUUUGCACUGUGUGACAGCUCACAUGUUGAGGUCGAUAUCUGGUUGGUAUUUGCUCCCAAGUGCAUCAACCUCUUCUUUCACUGUUUUUAUGGCCGUUUUGGGAAAGUUCUCAAUUGAUGUAAUGUGAGUUUGUUUACUUGCACAUUUAAAUAUGUCUGAUUUAAUUCCGGACUGUGAGCUUUUACUGUUUUAACACCAAAACCCCUCUUUACAAUAGCCUGUAUAUUGUACUGUCCCGAUGUCCCGAGCUCUAGUGUUAGCCAGGAGAGUUACAACAGUAAAUGCUGUGCUCUGUUAAUUGCAAGUAUGUGUUAGUGUGUUGUCUCAUGAUGAUUUGUGAAAUACUGUGUUCUGUUCAUAUGUACAGAGGUAUUUGUGAUCAGCCCGUGAAACCGCCUGGACGCAGUUUCUCCUGAUUAUUUAGGAUACAACCUCUAGUUGGACAAGUUUGUGCGUUUAACCACACUCCCUCAUCUUCUUCCAUUUAAUGCACUCUGAAUUUGAACCAAAGCAUUAACUUCAAGGUAGCUGCUCUAAGCUCCAUGAGAUAUUUCCUUUCAUGCAAAUAUGCAAAAAGAUGCUUCACAUUCACCAAGGACCCUGUUUGUUUAGUCCAACUGAUGAAACUGAGUUGUUUUACUUUGUGUUUUUUUUUGUGAAGAGAUUCUUAAUUCUUCUACUUAAUUCUGUCCAUAUGCAGCACAUAAUUAUGCUUAAAUCUAUGCAUCAAAUGUCACUAUUUGUGUUGCUUUUGCCAUCUUAAAAAGACCUCGCCAUGAUGCGUAAAAAGGGCGCCAUGUACAUACAGUGUAUUUUACCCUGAUACUAUCAGCCACAAUAGAAACAGCAAAGUAGAAUCCGUUGGCUGUGUGAAUCCUUGGAGCUGAACACUACAAAGCUCUUGUCUAACUUAGUUCGCAUGAGUUCCCCGUCUCUGCCUCAUUAAGCCUCUUUUCUCUUGUUUGGGUGUAUUAAUAGCUCAAGAGGAGGAAGAGGAAAAGUGGCCUAUAUUGAGCUCCGCUCUGGGAGCCAGGCUCUAUUAGCUGAUGUGCUGCACUGCUGUUUGUUCCAAAGAAAAUAGCGUACGCCGCACACUGCCUCUGUGGGACCCAGCUCGCUUCCCUUCGUAGGGGAAAUAGCAGAGUAGCACAGGAAACGGUCCGUUUAGUACAAACGUAGAGGGCAGAUUAUUUUAAACUAGAUCCCCCCCCCCCCUUGAUGAACAAAGAACAAAAAAAUGUUUUUGAUUUGGUGUCCCAUUGGCUGUGAUACAUUUUUGUUCAUUGGUUCCCUGAGAAUUAAAUGAAAGAUCACUGUCCUGCGAACAGUGCUUCAUCCAUUUCUGCUUUUCUCCGAGUCUCCAACCUGAUAUUAUAAACCUUUUGUACCCUUAUGAAGCAUUAGCGGCUGACAUUUGGACUGUUGUAUCACUAAGUGACUGCAUUUUUAACCGUAGGACCUGGGGAAGCUCUUACUUCUGUCAGUCAUCUGUGAGACCGGUGUUGGUGCCAGAGCCCAGGGUGUCGUCUUGCUGUCGUGGGUUCGUUUUCUGUGUGACCGAUGCUGCGACUAGUGUGGCUCUGAGAUCCGAUGGAGCUGUCCACGGUGCUGAAGUCACCAAACUACUGCAAGUGUGGAAAAGGUCAUAGAAAGUAUUUUAUGAAAGCAUCUAAAGAAAAAAAGUUAAAGUACCAGUCAAAAGUUUGGAUACACGUUCUCAUUCAAUUGAAUGAGUUCCAAUGAAAAAAAGUUUACACUGUUAUGUGGAUUAUCAAAACUGACUUGAACAUUAUUUGUGUAAAUAUAAAUGACAGUUUCAAAGGUAAUUCUGGUGGCCACUUGAAACCAAAAGGUAGAUGCUACUUCUGAGAAAAAUGUUCCGACACUUUCCAGAGAGGUCGUCAUCACAAUCUGCUACAGAAGGGCACGUUUGACUUGCUCAAAGGCACUUCGACAGCAACGUUCGGGCUUGAGCAUGUGUAUUUAUUUGGGUCACUCAGGCCGGUGUUACUCUGUUAACAGAUAUGUGCAAGAAAAGAAGGUUUUACUGUUUUGCUUCAAUGAGGGAAACAUUGAAGAGAUUCAAGGUUUGAAGAGUUAUUUGAAGAGUCCUCAUGCCAACUUGUCACUUUCGACUUGAUCACCAUCGUCUUCGUCACCAUCAUGCAUGUGACACUGAUUCCUGACAGUUCUUCUCAAUUUCCAUCAAUUCUUAUCAUAUUCUUAGUCAGGUUGUUACUGAAGCGUGUCAACAGGUACUGUAGCAGUGAUUCCCUUUGAGUUUGGUUGAUAUUAAACUGUUUAAAAACAUGCAAUCAAGCUUUAAAAGGCAAAACUUUGCACUCUCAUUUUUUUCAUGCGAUUGAUUUUUGUAAAAAAAAAAGAGCAAAAAUGUAACUUAUUCAUCCGUCUGUUUUUUUUUGCUGUGGGCCAAACGUCUGAGCCCAUAAUAUUAGUACAAUAGUACUUUUAUGAGGACCCAUCCUGUGCACACCUUCUUAGGGCACUGUGAACUUCAUCAUUCAGGUCUUCAGGCACAGCAUUGACAUCCUGAGGAAGAAAACCUUGAUUUGCUUCAAUAAAGUCUUUACUUAGUGGCCUCAGAAUGAGUCUUUUAACAGAUAUUUGGUUUCAUUUUGAAGUGUAUUACUGAAGAUAUUUUGUGAUUCCAGGAUUUGUGUGUACAAGCUAUCAGAAUGACAAUAAAUGUACGAUGUCCUGUC